AUGGACCAUGCCACCUCUUCUUCUUUAUUUGAGACGCCAGGCGUGGGGCAAUUGUUUAUUAAGGAUACUUCAGUUGAAUGGUGGGAAGAAGGAACGCUUGUUAGGCGCUAUGUGUUUAGCAAACCUGUGAUACUUGCCGGUUUCAAACAUUGGGAAGAUUUGGGAUUGACGCUAUGCAUCAUUCUUGAAGAUUCAGUCCAUUUCUACUACCUAAAGGCUAAUGACUCCUUUAUCGUGACGUUACCAUUCCAUAUUUCUAAUGCACAUUUCUUCAAGAACGGUAUUAUAUUGCAACGGAUAAUGGAUCCGAAAACGUUGGAUUAUAAGAACAGAUUUGAUAACUACAGAUUCAUAUGCAUUUCUCACCCAAUGUCACCGUUUGGCUCUAUUCAAUUCUCCUCCCAGAUAAGUAUAUCAGAAAUGAGUACUCUAGAGUUAGUCUACUUCCCGGAAAAGGAUACCAUGGGCGUAGCUUUGUUCUACCAAAAGAAUUCAGAGCAGUUGAUUUUCUAUAGCGUGCAGCUCUUGACGGAUGAUACCGCACUCCCGCCACUGAAAUCCCCAACGCUCAACUUGAAUAUGGACUCAUCAAACUCUGUACGGAAAAAGAGUUACGGGAACUUGUCUUUAAACGUCCCAGGAUCAAGCGAUUCUGUUUCCGGUGGUCAUGUCCAACAACGGUGGAAAACUUCGGAUAUUCCUUACGGCUUCAACAAUAGUAACAACUUGAGCAACAACUUACGGAAACGUUCUGCUUAUAAUAGACGUGCAACAUCGACAAAUUGGCCAAUAGAGGAAACCAACAGCAACCUUACAAGUAACAACGUAAACAACGUAAACAGCAGCACCAGCAACAACAACAACAACAACAACAACAACAACAACUUGAACAGCGGCAGUAGUAACAGCAAUAACAAUGGAAACUUUGACAUUGCAAGUUCAAAUUCAAAGCUAGCCCAAACACCAAACAGAAUGACCUCAUCCUCUUUGGCCAAGAGAAACAUGUCUUCCAACGUGGAAAGAAUUAUAGAAAUGACGCCAACAAUUAAUGGUACGGAUAAACCAAACUCAGCUGACUUUUCUAAAGACAUUUAUCUCACUAGAAUCACCUCGGUUAAGAUACCAACUCUAUCAGUCCAAAGGAAAGUGGUCUCCACUAGACUUGAUAACAAACAGGCUAUCGGUUUGGUAGAUAAGCUGAACAAUUUGGGUAAGAUCUGGGUUUUCAGCUUAAACUACUCAGUGAUGGCCAACGUCCGGUUCAAGGCCUUUGGAUACUCUCCAAUCUCAAUGACGAAAACGAUGGACCUAAAGCCUGGAAUUGUAAUAGAUGUUUCUGAAUACUAUUCUGAUGAACUGGCUGGUUAUUUUGCCUUCUUACAGCAAGACUCUAUUGUCUUGUACAAUCCAUAUCUGGAGCUGACCUCUUCGUCAUUCCAGAUAAAUCGCAAGAACUUUGACCGUUUAUACUACAUCUCAAAUGAAUACAUGGUAAUUGGAAAUCAGGAUAAAUGGUGCAUACUGGAUACUCCACCAACUUACCCAAAGGGAAAUUCGAUAAGGUCAAUAUUUACCGGUAUUAAAUAUGUCUUGGACAAUAAUUUCCAUCUUUUUUUAUCCUUAUGGCAAGAACAAAGAGCUCUACUUCACGAUACUUCGGAAAAUGAUGAAGACCUUGAUUCUGAUUUUGGCAAAGAUUUCUUAGCUCUUCAAAGGACAAUGUUUUUGAACUAUGAUGAGCAUAACAACACCUUCAACCAUCCAUUGAGUAACACAGAUCCUUCCUGGGUAGCAAAGGUAACAAUGUGUUUACACUUAAUGAGAGAAGAAUUUCAAUUGAAUGUUUACGAAAGUCAAAUCGUAAGAAAACUCUCUAGUCUCCUUACAAGUUUAACCAGCCUUAUGAGCUGGCCAAAGAUAUGGAUUGAUUACUAUGAUUGUCCAGAUGCUCGUUUAAAUCCAUCUUCCUCAAUUUUUGACCAACCAAUAGAUGAGCCUCCUUCCAUAUUUAAAACUCUCUACAGUGCCAGACAACAAUCGCAUGUUCCACUAACGCCGUUUAUCACGUUAUCACGACUUGUCAGUGAUGAAUCUUCUUGUGAUAUUGAUGACUUGGUGACACCUUUUACCAAUAAAAUGUUAAAACUCUUCCAGUUUUUAACAAUUGACAAUAAUACUAGUGUUUUGCAUUUGUUAGGGGAGUUAAAGAUAGAUAAGAAUGAACUCGAAUCGCUUCCAGUGGGAAUUUAUGUUCCGUUGAAAAGGCUACUAUUGGAAAUUGAGAACGAAAUUGAUUCCGUUGAUGACAAUGUUGACGUCGAAAUAACUGAUAGAGUUGACUUGCAAAGAAUUAAAGACUUCAUAUCUCCAACCAGGAAAACUCCGAAUCAAGCAACAAAAUUUAGAACACAAACUCUAACACAACAGAGUGCAGAACCAAAAAGCAUCUUACAAGUGUAUAGAAGGAUAGCGGAGAAAAGUUUGAAUGUCAAUUCUGAGUUAUCUAAAGUUGAAAACUUAAACUACGACUUGGUUUCCACAAGAAAGCCUAUAUUCAACCACAAGGAGCUCUUCGAAGAUUUUGUAAAAGCACUGUCCUAUUCGAAAACGCAUAGCGUUGCUUUACCAAAUUUAAGGAUGGAUUAUAGUAGUUUACUUGUUCUUAAGAAACGAACAGCAACAACUAUGGUAUACAGAGCUUUGACAAGUGGCCUGGGACAUGCGGCUGCCUUUUUGUGCUCCGAUCCUACUUUAAAUCAGCAUGGAUUCAUUGAAGAACCUCUUAAUUUGGCAUUUCAUUUUGAUGUUGAUGAUACCACAAUAUCUUUAGAAAAGAACUCAUUUCCUGAUGAUGUGUUGAACUGGGGAGCAUUCCACAGAGGUGUAGCUAGAGGUUUAGCCUUGGACACAAACAAAAAACCUCUAACUAGUAGUUGGCUAAAUUUCAAUAACCAAGAUAUAUUAGACCCUGGAUACGGUGGAUUUCUUUUAGGGUUGGGUCUAAAUGGUCACUUGUCAGUAUUAGGCGAAUGGCAAUUGUACAACUUUUUGAGCCCCAAAAAUACUUAUGUCAGCAUAGGACUUUUACUAGGUGUUUGUAUCAGUAUGAGGGGUUCUAUGAGUCUAAAAAUGACGAAGGUACUCAGUGUGCAUGUGCUGGCGCUAUUACCGCCUGGCUCCAGCAACUUGAAUAUAGACUAUAGAAUACAGAGUACUGGGUUGGUGAGUCUCGGAAUACUUUACGAGAAUACGCACAAUAGAAGAAUAUCAGAGCUUUUUUCUAACGAAUUAACAUCAUCCAUUAAUAUUAAUGAUGAAAAUGUUCCUGACGAAGGAUACCGUCUUGCCUGCGGGAUAGGCUUGGGAUUGACAAAUAUGGGUUGCGGUGAUAAGAGCAUCAAUUCAAGCUCUUACACUGAAUCAGACGACUUUAAAUCUCAUGAUUUUGAAUUACCAACCUCUAGCAAUAUGGAUGCUGCUGACAAAGAGACGAUAUCUUCAAAUUCUGAGGAUACAUUUGACUUUUCUUUCAAAACCGGUACGAUGGAUCCAAAGAUAAUUGAUAAAUUGAUUAAUAUAUUGGUAUCAGUAAAUGACGUUGGCGAAGACUGGAUGCCAGUUAAUUCACAAUUAGGAGCCAUUGUAGCGCUAAUGCUAAUAUUUUUGAAAACCAACUGUCAGUCAAUUGCAGACAUAGUGUCAGUAUCGGAACUCAACAAAGACAUUGAUUCAGAUAUAUAUAUUCGUCCCGAUUUGUGCAUUUAUAGGGAAUGGUGUACAAAUAUGAUUAUGUGGGAUUCGUUGCCCCUCGAUUACAAAUGGAUUUUGGAAAUCUUACCUGAAGAUUUUGAUCCAGCGGAUCUUAACAGUGACAUAUUACCGGUAUACUACAGAAUAGCUGGUAGGUGUCUUUCAGUAGGAAUCAAAGGAGCUUCUUCAGGAUCAAUAUCACUCAGAGAAGGGCUCUGUAAGAUAUUAGACAUGCUGUUACCUAUGUACCAAUAUUCUCUAGAGAAAAGUGUUGAUAAGCAGCUGUUGUUCAAGGGUAUUACAACCUUAAUAAAUUGUAUUCUAAUAUCACUAAGUCUUAUUAUGGCAGGAUCCGGAGAUUUGGAGGUAUACAAGCGGAUUAGAUACUUGCAUUCAGUUUCUCAUGGUAGAAACUCUUAUCUAUAUUCUAUGUCACGAAAGGACUCAGAUGCUACAUUCGAAGAAAUUGAAGAGGAAGUUCUCAAUAUCGGCGUGUCUGAAAGGCCAAAGAACAUCGACUAUGACAACCAUUAUGGGAAAUUCAUGGUCACUAACAUGAGCUUAGGCUUUUUGUUCCUAGGGCUAGGUCACUAUGCGUUAAGGACUGGAAACAUAAAGGAUUUAUCGUAUUUAAUAAUAUCGGUUAUUCCAACGUUUAGUGCUCCUUACUACCUACAAGAAACAAAGUAUUUGUGGAGGUUAGCUAUGAGUGAAAGAUUUCUUUUGGUACGGGAUGCUCUUACAGAGGAAAUAAUCAAUGAUGUCCCAAUAUUAAUUACUAGCAAUGAUCAUAAGGGUAAUGAAUUUACCCAUGAGAUGAAAUCACCAUGUCUCCUACCUGUUAUAGAAGGGAUUACUCGUAUUCAAGUUCAAUCCCCAAUGUAUUAUCCUUUAAAAUUGGAAUUUGGUCCGAAUAAACUCAAUAUUGAUCGUUUCUUUGAAGAUGGAUGCUGCAUUUUUGUUAAGAAGCGGUCCCUCAAACAUACCACUGAUAUCGGAGAGAAAAAUUCAAAUCAUGAAGUAAGGGCAAUGUACUACAAAACCCUAUUGAAAGAGCACACUUCUAAGCCAUUGCUGAAAAAAAAAUCUAAAGAGCCGAAAGAAAAGUCCUUUUAUGAAGAGUUUUGUGAUAAAAAUGUUGAAGAUUUGGAGUUAGCAUACUAUGAUAAACCUAUACAAGAUUUUGACUUAAAUCUAUUAAGCGGAUUAGACUCUAUGGAUUUUGAGUUAGAGAUAUGGAGGAAACGCCAUGAUUUAUAG